AUGGCGCAGAUCCAAGACAAACGGGCAAAUGUCGACAGAAAACGAACGGCCUUCCUAUUGUGUGGGGUGCCUAUCUCGGAAAAUAAGGUGAAACGUGCUCGCGAAAAACAUGAUUAUGAGGUUGAUUUGGGCCUGACAUAUAUAAAAGAUGUUGUCCCGUCACAAAUAGGUUACUUUACACCAGAAACGCAGGAUGAAGCCAUGGAAUACAAGGGGCCGAACGAAGACGGGUAUAUCAUGAAUAUUCCCAUGCUCAAUGGAAUUGAGAGUGCCGCAAGAGGAACCGAUUCUCAGGAUAGUUAUCAUGACGACUCGCAAGAUUCAGUAGAAAUAUCUGAGGACUGGACGAAUAUAACACGCGAGGAGCUUGAGCCAAUACGCGCCAAUCCUGAGACCAACAGUAUGGAGCCCGUCUACGAAGAGGACCGGGAGUUACAAGAUAACAUACCUUCUCCAGUCGAGUGGCCUAUGGAGAAUCUUGAAUUAUCUACACAGCCGAUCGGCAUGCAUGGCUCGUCUUUUAUUGAGAUGAUCACUAGCACACAUCACUCAGACCUAGCCUACACACGAAUAUUAGAAACUGAAGGAAAUAGCAAUAGUAAAAGCACGGAAUUACGUUGUGUAUGGAUGAGCUCAGGCUGGAAAGGCAGGGGUUUGAUGGGUAAUUUGUUUGAAGAUGAGUAUGAUGUGGUUAUGUCUGAAUCAUGGCCUUUCGGAGCUACAGACUACAGUAGUCAAAGAACCCUUAAAGAAAUUCGGCGAGAGUUCUUGAUACAUCAGGCCAUGACAUCAAACAUAUGA